AGAGCAAAGGAGUUGGGAAAACAAUGUCAACCUCUCUACCUCCAGAGGUGAUGGUGGAAAUAGUGUCGAGGUUGCCACCAAAAUACUUACUCCGAUUCCGGUGCGUCUCAAAGACCUGGCUUGCUGUUAUCGACGGAAACCAUUAUCUCUUCUCUAAAAACCUCCUCAACCAGUCUAUUCUCAACACCCAAAACACCACCUAUCCUCUUCCGCUCAUCCUCGUCAAAGCCACAGACAAAUCGAACUCGGAAGAGUCUGUGUUCUAUUCCCUCUCUUACGACACCCUCGACUGUUUGUCUCAGAUCCCGAUGAAGUUCCCUCCAGAAAAUCUCCCUCUAGGACGCGUUCAUCUCUUCAUAAGACCACACUUCGCUUCCUCUAAUGGGCUACUAUGCCUUUACGAUUUCGAAACCACACGCGUCUAUAUCUGGAACCCCGCCACGCCAUCUGUAGGAUUGAAGGCUCUCCCGCCCUUGUCUCCUCACCCUUUUCACUACGAGAUAGAUCUCCGUCCGUUCAGCGUUGGGUUCGGAUUCUGCCGGAAGUCCGGCGACUUCAAGGUGGUUAGCCUUCGUCACGUUGCGAACGACAAUGGUUAUGGUAUGGCAAAGCAGAUAGCGGAAGUGUACAGUUCGAGCAGUGGUUGUUGGGGACUGCUUAACCUACGCGUGCCCUGUGCUGUUUUUGCCCAUCCACAGACUUUGGCUUUGGAUGGGGUUUUCUUGUGGUUGGCGGAGCAAGAUGACGGCGUAAUUAUUUCUUUCGAUUUCACCAAGGAUGUGUUCCGUACGACACCGCUUCCGUACUCUAGAGAUUUAUUGUCUUUUUCUCACCAAUUGAUGGGAUUGAACGGGUAUGUUGCUGUGGCGGUUUUUCCUCACGCUGAUACGAAUAUAAAGAUGUCUUUGGAGAUAUGGGUUUUGCUCGAAAUUGGUGUUAAGGAGUCGUGGCGUAGAUUUAUUAGCAUUGAGCCUCCCAUGGAUUUGGAAAGGCCAUUAGGGUUUUGGAAGAACGGGGAGUUGUUCAUGUUGAACAGGGAGGGGCAGUUGGUCUUGUAUGAUCCUUUUACACAGACAAAGAAUCAUCUUCAGAUUAAAUGGCUUAAGGACUCGUUUCAAGUCGUUGUACUCUACACGCAGACUUCGGUCGAGCUUGGAGGGGAGUAUAAUCUGUGA